AGGAGCCCAACAUUUCUUGUGGCACAUCUACCAACACCUUCACCUCUUCAUCGACAACAACGGGAAGAGUGUUUUGUCUGUACUCUCAAUUUUUGUUACCUGAUUUCACUUAUUUUUACCCCUUCUUUUUUAAUUGUUUUUCCAGUUAAGAGGCUUUUAGGCAAAAAAGAUAAAAAGAUGCUUGCCCUGUUUUUCUUGGCGUUACUUACUACUAGUCUAAAUCUACAUAUUGGAGCACAAGAUAGUGGCUCAAGGAUCAAGGUGUAUGCCAACAGAGGUGACAAUAUCACUCUGCCUUGUCACCUGGAGGGUCAGACCAGUUUGUUCGGAAACAGAAUCAAAUGGACCAAAAUUGAAGAUGACUCUACAGAAACUGACGUGCUUAUCUCCAUGGGAUUCCACAAGAAGACCUAUGGAAAUUUCCAAAGCCGUGUUUACCUGUUGGAGGCAGAUAACAAUGAUGCAACUUUGGUUCUGACUGACAUAAAUCUGAAAGAUUAUGGUACCUAUAUAUGUGAAGUCAUUAAUGGCUUGAAUGACAAGACCAUCGAAGUGGACCUUGAACUGCAAGGGGAAGAUUCACUUUCAUUCACAGGGGUUGUUUUCCCAUACACACCUCUUCGGGGACGUUACAACCUUAACUUCCAUGAUGCCGAGGCUGCAUGCCUGGAGCAGGAUGCUGUGGUUGCCUCAUUUGAGCAGCUCUAUGAGGCAUGGAGAGGUGGCCUGGAUUGGUGCAAUGCUGGCUGGCUGAAUGAUGGAACCGUGCAGUAUCCAAUCGUCAACCCCAGAGAGCCCUGCGGAGGCGCAAGGACUUCAGCUGGACUAAGAAACUAUGGUCAGCAGGACAAGUCCAACAGUCGUUAUGAUGUGUUCUGCUUCACAUCCAGCCUUAAAGGACACCUCUACUAUCUGAUCCAACCAAAGAAGCUGUCCUAUGAUGAGGCUGUCCAGGCAUGCAAGAACAAUGGAGCUGAGAUUGCAAAGGUGGGCCAUAUCUACGCUGCCUGGAAGCUGCUGGGAUACGACCGUUGUGAUGCCGGUUGGUUGGCCGAUGGUAGUGUUCGUUACCCGAUUGCCAGGCCCAGGAUGAACUGCAGCCCCACGGGGGCUGCCGUUCGCUUUGUUGGUUUCCCUGACAAAAAGCAUAAGCUCUAUGGGGUUUACUGCUAUAAAUCUCAGUAAAAAGUGAAACCACUUAAUUUCUCAUAUCACCAACUAAAGAGCAACAAUACCACAUCAACACUUAUGCAGGACCUUUUCCAUGAACUAGCCAUAACUGUGACAUAUAUUACAGGGAGGGAUACUGUAAAGACCAGUUUCACUAUGUUACUUUCUCUAUACUAUUUGUAAACACAAGAGUUAUUGUAUCACUCAUUUUCUUUUUUAUAUGGAUUCAUACAUUAUACAUAGGAACAACAAAGCAACAGCAUAAAAAAAUGGCAUGUGUUAAGGAUAUUCAGCUGGAAUUAUACUCAUAUAAUUUUACAAAUGUGAAAAAAGUGGGAAUGGGAAAAAGUGUUAGUUUGUCAAGAAUCAACUUGUGAUUGGUCAUUUUAACAUUGCAAUAAAAUGUGUACACUAUA